GUUUUUUAUAUCGGAUGGCCGCUCCAAGAAGAAGUUGACAGGGUGACCUACCUGAGCUGAAUCAACCUACUACAGUGGAACUGGAAUGUCUGAUAGAAGAGCAACGUUAUGUAGUACCACGGGGGUAGAUAUUAACGACGCUUUGUUGAUUGUACCUUCACGCAAACAGCCCCCGAAAUUGAAGUCAUGUUCGGCAGAGGCUAUUUUGGGGGUGGCCCCCGUGGUUCCGUCGGGUCAAGCGCUUAGCAAUUCCUCAGGUCCUUCGCGCUACCCGUGCUCAGAGUGUGGUAGACACUACGCUACAUCAUCCAACCUCUCACGACAUAAACAGACACAUCGGAGUCCAGACUCGCAACUGGCUAAGAGAUGCCCCACCUGUGGAAAGGUGUAUGUAUCGAUGCCCGCUCUGUCAAUGCACCUACUCACUCAUAAGUUGAGUCACAAAUGCGAUGUUUGCGGGAAAGCCUUUUCCCGACAGUGGCUUUUGCAAGGCCAUAUGCGAUCACACACAGGAGAGAAACCUUUUGGCUGUGCGCACUGUGGAAAGGCAUUCGCAGACCGUUCGAACCUGCGAGCACAUAUGCAAACGCACUCGGGGCUAAAGUUUUUCAAAUGCGACCGCUGUCAACGACGGUUCGCGUUAAAAAGCUAUCUCAACAAGCAUCUUGAGGCAACAUGUGUCACGUCGACUUCACUAGCGGCAAAGUCACUUCAGGAAGACGACCACGAAAUGGAUCAUCUCAUUGACCCAGACCCACAGCAUGACUUUUACGACAGAUUCGCACCGCCGUCCUCUUCAUCGUUUCAACUGGACGCCGACCUACACUAACAUUACGUCAUCGACCAACGCUGUGAAGCAAAUAUACUUUUUACUGUGAGAUCGUUUAGUGAUUAAUUAGGACGUCAUUCCAAUCGACUGCAUUCUUAAAAUUGAAUUGUUUGACAUCAUCUGACAUAGGCUUUUACACGAGGGAUAGUGUUUCCAUUGAUGUAGUCGACCUCUUAGAGAAAAAUAACGCUACAGAAAAACUUAUCAAAACCGAAAGACCAAUCAUCGUGCACACACGUGACGUUAUUCAACACACGAUACAAGAAAAGCGGUUUGUCAAAGACGUUCUUUAUUUACUUAUCCUAUAAUGCUGCAUGCAUUUGAGCAUGAUUAUCCCUACAACGGAUAGAUAGCUAGAAGCGGCUCUUAUCAAGAUGAGAAGGCAAUUUUUUAAAGAAAGCCCAUAAAGUGCGAUGAAGUAUCUUCCCAAUAUCCAUUCCGUUUGAUGAACAUACACAUAAGCUUAAAAUUGAUGCUAAAACAUUCAUACUGAUAUUAAUGUACAUGUUCUUUAUGAAUGCAUACGAAGGUCUGCGUUUCUCAAAAGAACAAAACAUCUAAUUGGCUCUCAAAAUCAAAAGCUAAUUAAAAUGCAGAAAAUCUUAGAAUUUUUGAUUACCAUGGAAUGCAGUUUUUUUAGAAAUCCUCGGAAGGCAGUUUCAAAAAUAUGGCUGCAACUGACUUUUUCUUAAGUAUAUCUUAUGUCUAUGAAGAUUAUUUCUAAGAUGCUUCAAGAUCAUUUAAAAUUGACCAAGAUAGUGACCGACUGAAAACUGUGUUAGACAAAUGGUAUAAUUGGCAGAAAUGGUUACGAAUGUAUACACGAACACGCCAUAAUGUUAUAUACUAACUAAAAAUAAAAUUGUUUACGCGUCAAUAAUGUAUACCUUUGGACACGCAUACGUACUUGUUGACUAAAGCUAUGUCUUAUAACUUGCUAGUGAAACGGGAACCGUUUUUGUUUUUUCAUCUAGUUUAGUUCACUACGAACUAAUCGUGAGCGCCAAUGUGUUGCCUGAUAGGACAGCGGCCGAGAUCACCCCCGUUACUGUGCAAAAUGUAUGAAGUACAUACAAGCGCAGCCCAGAUAUGAUGUAUUGGCAACUACAUCGACUCGCACUAGUAUGCACACCAAUGUAUGCUACUAGUGCAUUCAGUAAGUAAAUAAAAAGGGUCGAAUAUACACGAUAAAAGCUUCAAACACAAAAGACAAAAAGAUAACAAUAACAAGCAGACCACAAGGGCGUGCAACACAAGGAAAGAGUUCCUGAAAUGCGA